AAUUAAGUAUUUUGUCAAAUUUUUUUUGGAGUAAUAAUCAAAUCUUGACGUGUGAAAGGUACAUAGGUUUAUAACCUAUCAAAUGCACAUAUACAGAAUUACACCGCGCGCAUACGCCGGACGAGGACCAUCAAGAGAUAUAAAAAUGCGUUCAUAGUUGCCGGCAAGUUUAUUGUUACAGUUAAUAAAAACUUCGACUAUUAAAAUGAAAAUGAGUUCCUCAGUGUUUAUUUUGGAUAAUGGAGGUUACACAGCGAAAGUUGGGUCCUCCAGCGAAUCUGCACAGGCAAUUCCUAACUGCAUAACGAAGGCAAAAAGUGAAAAACGAAGGCCAUUCAUUGGUAAUCAAAUUGAAGAAUGUAGAGAUAUAUCCGGCUUGUAUUUUAUGCUGCCCUUCCAAAAAGGCUACUUGAUCAAUUGGGACGUACAAAAAACAGUUUGGGAUUACAUUUUCUCUAAAGAAUGCUGUUCUGUCAAUCUCAAUCAAACUUCCAUGAUCAUCACAGAGCCACCGUUUAAUUUUCCUUCGAUUCAAGAAGCUAUGGUUGAAAUCUUCUUUGAGGAAUUUGAAGUUGCGAGUUUGUUAAGAAUUAAUCCAUCCACUCUCUCCUGCUACAACUACAGGCAUAAAAAUUCGACCUCUAAAUGUUGUAUAAUAGUAGAUGUAGGUUACAGUUUUUGUCACGUUAUACCCUACGUAAACGAUUUGAAAAUUAAAGCAGGAAUCAGAAGGAUAGAUGUAGGGGGAAAAUUGUUAACAAAUCAUCUGAAAGAAAUCUUAUCCUACAGACAACUGAAUGUCAUGGAUGAGACGUACGUAGUAAACCAAGUUAAAGAAGAUUGCUGCUUUGUUUCUCAAGACUUUUAUGGUGAUAUGAAUAUUGCUAAGAGAUUGAAGCUAGAAGAAAAUUCGAUUGUAAAAGAUUACGUAUUACCUGACUUCACCACUGUAAGAAGAGGGUAUCUUACAGAACCAGGUACAAAUGCAGAUCAACAGGUUUUACGCAUGAAUAAUGAGCGGUUUAUGAUACCAGAGAUUCUGUUUCAUCCUUCUGAUGUUGGGAUAAAACAAAUGGGUAUUCCAGAAGCUAUAAUAGAUUGCUUGAAAGCAUGUGAACAAGAAACUUGGCCUCACUUGCUAUCAAAUAUCGUUCUUACUGGUGGUAGUAGUAAAUUUCCCGGAUUUCAAGAGCGUGUUCAGAAAGAAGUCAGAGCACUUGCUCCUGAUGAGUAUGCAAUUGAAGUUCAUUUACCAGAAGAUCCAAUAACGUAUGCAUGGGAGGGAGGAAAAUUGUUAUCCAAAGAUCCUGGAUAUGCCAAUCUCAUAGUGAAGAGAGAAGAGUAUGAAGAGGAAGGUCAAGCUCUUUGCUACGAUAAGUUUGAUAUAUAGAACAGUAUUAUUUAUUUGGAUUUAGUUUUUAACAGAGAUUUGAGACAAUUUUAUGCUGAGGAGCAUUUCAGAAAAAAUUUGAGGAAUUCUUGUACAUACUUAGAAGUAAUUUGAAUUAAUGGAAUCAUAGAUUUAAGUUGAUAUUUUUACAUAUAAAGUAAUAAAUAAAAAAAACAACGAAUCAUA